CAUAUAUAUACAGAAGGAAUGAGUAAGCUAGUCGCUUACGGGCUAUUGUCAGUACUAUGUUUUUCUACAUUCUGGACCACCCUUUCCAGAAAUCGAUCAAACUAGUAUACAUUAAUUUGCAGAAAAUGAGGAAUUGAAGGACCACCAGCCACCGGUCGUUAUAAGUACACGAUCGAUCUCUGUUUAAUUUGGUUGAUUCAUAUAGUUUCUGCCCUUUAUUGUUCAUUUUCUUCAUAUACCAUAUGCGCAGCUCGAUUUGUCUAGCUGAGUAGAGCCUCCUAAUCAGAUUGAAUCAUUGAAUAUCAGUUCAAAAGAUACUGUGACAUAAUUAAGCUUGAGCUAUGGAGGACUCCCAUACUGAUGACUCAGUUGCGAUAAGCAUUGGUCCGGAUCGAAAUAUUUCUGAGGACGGCAGCUCUGCCGCAAGAGAUGGAGGAUACAGAACAAGAAGUACUACCAACAAUGGAGGAACUUGUUACCCUCUUAGAAAAAACGGAGGAUGUUAAGCUUCAUAAGCCAGCAUUCCUCUCGAUGUGGGACAAUAGGAUAUUUGUAAUAUCAUGUGCAUUUGCCGUCUUACUUGAUCCUUUGUUUUCUUACAUCUUUCUCAUCAACGACGACAAGAAGUGUGUGAUGGUGGACCGAAAGUUGAAGUUAGCAUACGUUACUCUACGAUCAGCUACAGAUAUAUCAUAUGCAUUGGACAUUAUCUUUUGUUUAUGGCGAAUUCGGAAUGCUAAGAUACUUGAGGCCCGGGGAAUGAUGAGUACUGUUUCUUUGAAUGGAAAGAGAUCAGUGUCACCCCUUCUACUUGUUCAUAUUUUUGUUGCUCUUCCCCUUCCACAGGUAACACUACUCACUGCCAGAGGUGUUGAUUCUGUUCUUCUUCUUUUUACUCUAAUUCAAUACACAAUACGAGUUUAUCGCAUCUAUGGUUCGCUCGGGCAACAACCUAAUAUAGCAACUGUAAAAGGAAGUUGGCUUAAAGCUACAUUGGAUUUUUUGCCCUUCAUCCUUGCUGCUCAUCUAUUUGGAGCAGCGUGGUACUAUCUUGCUGUUGACCGUAUAGUGACUUGUUGGAUGGAUGCCAUUGGAAAAUAUGAUCCUUACUGUGAUGAUUUAAAUUCUUCUAAUAUUACUGUGGAAAAUACAAAAUCCCUAAUUAAUAAAUCAUGCUCAAAAAGUUCUUCAAACACAAUAGUGGAUUUUGGUAUUUACAAUUCCGCUAUUCAAUCUGGUUUGACACAAUCAACCAAGCUUUCCCUAAAGUUGUUGCAAGGUUUUUGGUGGGGACUGCGAAAUCUGAGUUCUUUUGGUUCAAAUCUUGACACUAGUCUUCCUGCUUCGGAGAUCAUAUUUUCGAUUUUCUUAUCUAUAAGUGGCAUCGUGCUAUUUUUAAUAUAUUUCAAUGGAAGACUGAAGGUGUUAAAGAAAAUAUCAAAACAUCGUAAACUAAGACAGAAGAUGCAAAUGAUGAAUCCGGAGAUAGAUUUGUGGUUGUCUAAAAACGCACUCCCUAAAAAUCUAAAGACGGUGAUUGUGAAAAAUGUACAACAAAAACUUGCAAAGAACAAUGUUGUUAAUACAGACAAUUUCCUCUGUAACCUUCCCAUAAAAGAUCGAAGGGAUAUCGUGAGCCAUCUUGGUUUGACUUCGUUAAAGAAAGUGUCAAUGUUCAAAAAUAUGGAUGCACGAGUACUCAAGGCAAUAUGUGAGCAUCUUAAGCUGGUAACAUAUAACGAAGACAGCUAUAUCAUUCGUGAUGGGGAACCACUUGAGAAGAUGUUCUUCGUCACAAGCGGCACUGCAUGGUACUACACAACUAGUACCAAUGCCAAUGUCGCCGGAAGUACCAACAAUGGUUCAUCAAUUAUUAAGUGUCUUGCAAGAGGUGAUUUUUAUGGAGAAGAGCUACUAAAUUGGGCCACAACGAAAUUUGCCUCAUUUUCUGAGUUUCCUAUCUCAACUAGCUAGGACUCUCAAGACUCAAACAAAAGUCGAAGGAUUUGUUUUGAGGGCCAACGACUUGAAGAGCGUUGUUGCUAAAUUCUGGUGGUACUUUUCUAGUAGGAAUCUCCAUCAAUUGAAUAAUUCUCAGUUAGAUCAAUGGAAGAAUUUGGCAGCUUCUUCGUUACAAGCAAAAUGGCGCCUACGUCAUGAAAGGCUUAUUAAGACAGAGAGAAAGUAGACUAGUCUAAACUACUUAUCAUUUUAUGUAUUAUUCUUUGGUUUUCUCCAAAUCCUAGCUAGUAAUCAUUGGAGGGUUUUCUAGCAUUGUUAAUCCCUCAAAAAUCCAAAUCCCACCUAGCAACCAACUGUGCAUGUAUUAUAUAUAUGUAGGGCAAAUUUCAUUUUACCUCCCUGGUC